AUGGCAUUGCAAUGGAUGAUACUGGCAUACGUGGUGGCGGCAGAGGCAGGGGUUGCAAUUCUCUUAACUUUACCAUCGCCAAAGGCUCUGAAAUCUCGUAUUGUGUCGUUGAUCUCUCUUAUUCUCCAACCUUCGCUCUUCGUUGUACCCUUCUCCGCUUUUCAGCUUCUGGAUAUAUAUUGGAAGAAUGAGCAUCGGUUGAUGUGUACUGGGGAGAUCUGCACUGCUGCUGAAAGAGAUCGCUAUGAGAAAUCGAUCUACAAGGCUCAGAGGAAUGCAGUUUUGUGUGUUUCAGCUUGCCUUCUGUAUUGGUGUAUCUACCGUAUUUGCAAGUAUCACCAGGAUAUUCAGAGCAUGGAAGAAGUCGAGAAGAGGUACAAGGAGCAGUAG